AAGGUGGGGAGGAGGUGAGGAAGGGGGGGUGAGAGCUGUGGGACAGGGUAGGCAGGGACAGAAAAGGAGGAGAGACCGGGAAGAGGGAGACAAACGAGUGCAGGGCAAAUGUAGGAGAAAGGAGGAUGGCUGGAAGGUGGCAAAGGGACUCCUCAGCACCUGAAGUGCUACCCACUUCUGAGUGCUUAUGUCAGGGCUCAGCUUUGCUCCUGAAAUCUUUUACGCCUUUUGGGGACAGAUGACUUCUAAUAAAGCCCCCAUGCCAGAACAGGAUAAAAGCAUCCCUUCUUCCCAUUCUGCUUCCCAAAUGAUUUUUUUAUUGCUAUUUAAACCUGAAGGAUUUUAAGCCGUUCUGAGAUAUUAUGGGCUCUGACUCAUGCCUUGAAUACUGGUGAGCAAUACUGGGUGUGGAAGGAGGAACCCGAGGGGCGUGGGCCCCUCGGAGAGGUACUCAAUAGCACACGUGUCCUCUUAAAUCCUCGGUCAACAUUUGGGUAUAUUGCCAGAUAUAAACCUCUCUAAUCCUGGAGGUACUGACUUGAUACAGCUUCUUAUACCCAGUGCCUUUGAUACCGCUUGCAUCUCACCUGCUUCCCAGAGCUAAAUAAUCAUCACGGGGAGAGCAGUCACAAGGCUGAGGAGGGGAUGGAGAGACGCAAGGAGUCAGGGGAGGAUCGCUGCAGGGAGUGGGAUGCUGAGGAGGCAGCUCUGGCAUCCGGCAUCCAGCCGGCGUGGAGAGGAAGGCGCUGCUGGGUGUGCAGGGAGGCUGUAGCGAUGCCCAGACCCUGAGGUUACCUUCAUUCCUUCUGAAAUGGGGGAGGAAACACGGACCUGCUGGCUGGCCGUGCAGGGAGGAGGGCAUUAGCUGGCUGGAAAUAGUGAUUUGCAUACAGGGUUGGUUACAACCUUAAUUUUGAGGGCUCUGCUCGUUACAUCUGACUGUGCUUUUCUCCUGCUGCAUUUUCCUUUGUCCUGUUUCUGUAAUUAUCCUCAUUUCAACCCUGCUCUGAGGAUUAUUGGUCAGUAGGAAGCCUCCUAAUGCCCGCUUCUCCUUGGCGGGGGAAUACCCAUGCCCUCGAUUAAACUGAAACUCUCCAAACGGUGACAGAAGAAAUUAGAUCUAUAUUCCUCAAAGACACUCCCUGGGGCGAAGUUUCCCGACCCCCACCAUGCAGCCCUGCCACCCUGCCCCUUGUGUUCGCUCUCAAUAUUCUCUUUGUUACAGCCACCUUCAGACCCGGCUCAGGGCUCCUCCGGGAGGGCAGAGGUGGUUUGUGUUGGAAAAUCGUCGUGCCCGUGCCCCAGCUGAGCUCACCGACUGUCCUGCUGUAGCCCCUGCCCAGGACAGGGAGUCUCUGUUCUGAAAUUGGGGGGGCAGAUGGACUGUCGGAGCCCGAGGGCAUCUCUCUGAAACGCGUGGCUGUGGUGGAAGAUUUCUUUGACAUCAUCUACUCGAUGCAUGUGGAAAGCUCGUCGGAGCCGGGCAAAGCACCCAAACAUGCCGGGCAGAAGAAAACCUACCGAGCGAUUGCAGAGACUUAUGCUUUCCUCCCGAGAGAGGCUGUGACCAGAUUCCUGAUGAGUUGCACUGAGUGCCAGAAGAGGAUGCAUUUCAACUCCAACGGCCUGGAGCCCAAAGAGAGCGAGCCGCCUUCCUCCUUGGUUUCUGGGAUCAUUGACUACAACAUGCCCCUCACCUCGACUUACCUGAAGCAGAUGAAGCUGCGGGUGAUGAACUCACAGGAGCAGGAUGAGACGUCGGUGAGCAGCGAGGACUUUGAUAUGAACGACUCCACAUGGAUCUCAGCUGACCAGCACCUGAACUCCAGCCUGAGCCCCAGCCAGGACGAGAGCAUGCGCAGCCCGCAGAACCUGCACGGCCACGAGGACGAUGACUCCUCGUCAGAGAGCUGCAGCGGGAAUGGCUCCUCCACCCUGAACCCCUCCACUUCCAGCAGCACGCAAGGCGACAGCGCCUUCCCCGAAAUGAACGGCAAUGGCACCGCGGCCCCCAUGGACUUCACCGCCUCCGCCGACGACCAGCCCAUCAACCUCUGCGACAAGCUCACCCCUGCCCACGUCACCCCUUCCUACCAGUCCGACAGCUGCAGUGCCGACGGGCUGCGCAGCAGGGUCAAGUACGCGGUGAAGACCACGGCAGAGUCCCCCCCGUACAGCUCGGGCAGCUACGACUCCAUCAAGACAGAGGUGAGCGGCUGCCCCGAGGACCUGACUGUCGGCAGGGCCCCCACGGCUGAUGAAGAUGACGAUGACCAUGAUGACCAUGAAGACAACGAUAAGAUUAAUGACUCGGAGGGGAUGGACCCGGAGAGGCUAAAGGCCUUCAACAUGUUCGUGCGCCUUUUUGUGGAUGAGAACCUGGACCGGAUGGUUCCCAUCUCCAAGCAGCCCAAGGAGAAGAUCCAGGCCAUCAUCGAGUCGUGCAGCCGGCAGUUCCCCGAGUUCCAGGAGCGGGCGCGGAAGCGCAUCCGCACCUACCUCAAGUCCUGCCGCCGCAUGAAGAAGAACGGGAUGGAGAUGACCAGGCCCACGCCGCCUCACCUGACCUCGGCCAUGGCAGAGAACAUCCUGGCCGCCGCCUGUGAGAGCGAAACGCGGAAAGCAGCCAAGAGGAUGCGGCUGGAGAUCUACCAGACCUCCCAGGACGAACCGAUCGCUCUAGACAAGCAGCACUCCAGAGACUCCACAGCCAUCACCCACUCCUCCUACUCACUGCCAGCUUCAUCUUACUCCCAAGACCCGGUCUACAUCAAUGGAAGCCUGAACUACAGCUACCGUGGCUACGGGUCCCUGGGGGGCAGCCUGCAGCCCCCCGCCUCCCUCCAGACGGGCAACCACAGUAAUGGUCCAACCGAUCUCAGCAUGAAAGGUGGGGCCUCCAGCACGGCCCCCUCCAACAGCACCAGCCGGGGCAUGCAGGCGGCCCAGCUCAGCCCCACGGAGAUCAGCGCCGUGCGGCAGCUCAUCGCCGGAUACCGGGAGUCGGCGGCGUUCCUGCUCCGGUCUGCAGACGAACUGGAAAACCUCAUUUUACAGCAGAACUGACUCCCCGUGUCUGCGUCGCUCCUCGGUCGAGAAGACAAUUUAUACCUGCUAGAAAGAGGCUCCCGGCGAUGUCCUGCUCAGGACCACCAUCGUCCUCCCGCCACGCCGCGGGUACAUGUAGUUUUUAGAAGGUGGAAUUCAAAAGACCUGUUUUGUUUUACACUCCAAGCACCUGGGACUUCAGGCACAAGGACACGUUUUGGAAGCGUACCAACACCCGUGCGUCCGGCCGACCAGAAGCCAGCCCUGCAGCUUGGAAGGAUGUGGGACUUUGAAGGGCAGAAGGGAGCCUGGGGAGGUUUGGGGCUGCAGAUGUAUUUAGAAUAACCUUUGUGGACCCAAAUGUUAGAUUCCCAUCCCCGGAUAAUUUCCAAGUCUUAGGUGAGCUGAAUCACAUAUUUAUUGAGAAAUGGACCCUCCUCUCCCCUUAGUAAUUUAUUUUUCUGAAAAUGGAUUCUUUUGAGUUUGUACAGAUUGCCAGUUUUUUGUCUGUCUGAUCAGAAGGAAUUUAUUCCUGUGAAAUAACACAUUCCAUAUCACUACACUACUAAUUUCCAGGCAGCUCUGCCUGUUUCUCUGGUGAACCCUUGUCCCACAGGGAGCAAGUUUGCCAUCCAGCCUUUGAUAUCGAGGCUGCUCAGCCUCCAGUGAGCGUAGGUGGGAGCUGAACAGCAGCACAAGCUUAGGCUUUCGUUCUAAAGGGUUCCACAGCACCAGUGGGGUCUGAACCUCCUGCAGAGACUCGGCAAGCUCAGCAGACCUCCGGCUGGAAGGACAUCUCGCACUCAUUUAAGUCAUUGCAGAUAAGAGAAGGAAGGAAGGAGAUACCUGAGAAACACUGUCUUGCGGUCACCAUCUGUACUCUACCUCACACUCCAUUGUGGGCUUCUUCCAGGACUGGCCGUGCUGGUCCUGGGGGACGGUGAGUGUCGCAGACAUGGGGAUCGUGCCGAGGAGGCUGGAACCUCCGGCUGGGGUCCUGCUGUGCCUGGCCAUCCACUCCGCUCCGUCCCAAACCAGCCCCGGGGUAGCACCGGGAGACAAACCGCUGGGGACCCACGGGGUGUGAGGCAGGGCAGCGCCAGGGCUCACCCAGAAGGUGAGUUGGUGCCGUGACCACUCGCUCCUGCGGGAGAGACGGGCAGCAUUGAGCAGCAGAACUGACCAAGUCCUCUCCGGGGCCCAGGAAUCUUUCCCGCUCCCUGCUCACAGUCCUGGAACAAGCCCACAGUUCCCAAAGUGUGGAAGAACCAUAGUCCGAUGACCAUUCUGCCCCGUUUCCACCCCUCUCCCCCAUGAUGCACUUCGUUUUGCUCAGUGCAAUACCUACUGCCAGUGCUGCUAACCCAGGGACCUCGCUCCUGCCAGGGGUGCUGAGCCCAGCCCAGCAGUGCCACGUGCUCUGGAGCUGUGCAGAGACCGGCGGGGGUCCUGCUGCUCCCCAAGCCCCGCAGCCCCCCCUCCCGGCUGGAGUCUGCACCGUGAGGCAGAAAUUCGAUAAGUGUAAAGCUGUUUUGUAGGUAGAAACUUUCUCUCUUUGGAGCCAGCUUUUAGCUUAUUUUUUGGCUGCUUGGAGCUGGCAGAUGGGGGCUGCUGCUCCAGGGGCCAACGCCACUGACAUGGGCUUGAGCAGCAGCUGGGCUGGCCAGGAGCAGGCCCGGGCAGUUCCCCUGUACCCUCUGUACCCCAUGAUGCUCCACACACUGGAAGAGAAGCAAAACUUUACCCUGCUCUUAGUCUCAGAACAGAAAAGGUUCUGGCUCCUGAUGCCAGGUGUGCCUGGCCCGGCAGCAGAAGGGAUCAACCAUUGCAUUGACUGUUUUCCCCAAACCUUAACCUUUCCGUAGCAUUUGGAGAAAAGGGACCCAGCCCCUGGCCACGGGGUGCAGAGAUGAGGUGGCGGCUCAUUAGACCUGAGCUGGUGCUGGAACCGGGAGCAUCGUGGCCACACCCGCCCCCUCCUGCCCGCAGGGUGGGGGCCCUGGGGAUGCCAGCCCCCAGCCAGGGCUCAGACUCACGCUUUCCCCAGCACUUCACAAGCCUGCUUGGUUUGUCCACUGCAUCCUCCCAUACUUGGAAUUUAUGUAAAUAUUUAUUUUUGUGUGAAUACCAUGAAGUAACAAACCUUUGACAAAACCUGUAACCGCAGCCAUUUGUGAAAGUCUUACCGUUCAGGCAGGAGAGGCAGAGACAAUCGCUGUCCCGGGAUUCUCCCUCUCCGCAGUCUCCCACCCGUGCCGGUGCCUCCCUCCCCGGCAGAGGCAGUGGAACCUUUAGCCAUAAGUUUGCCAUCAGCGUACUGAAGCAGAGGUAACCUGGGAGCUCGUGGACAGACCACCAACAGCCACAGUGGGGUUAAGUUUUAUUUAUCCGAGGUUUAGCUGUCGUUCCCGAUCACCUCUGAACCUGUCUCGGCACGCGUGGAAGUUCAGGAGCUCUUACACGUGGUCAAACUGCUGUAGAGGACACCGAGGCUGCGUCGCGUAGGAGGGUGCCCAACACCGCCCUGUCCCAGCACCUGAUGUUCAUAACCUGCAGCUGAAUGGUACAGACUCAGAUUCCCAAAGCCCUGGUGACAGCCACAUCUGGGACAAGUUAUGAAACAAACGGGAUUGACUCCGAUAUUCUGUCAGGGAUCUUUUUUUCUUUCUUUUUUUUUUGGUGAGCCGCAGCGUUAACGGUUCCUUUGGCAUGAGCUCCACAGACAUCUCCGUGCUCUGCAGCUACUCCGUGCUCCGCCACGGCUCCCUGUGCUCCAGGACUGUUCACAGCCACAUUCCUGCGCUCUCACUGGGCAGGACGGGGUCAGGAAUUGCUAGUCCGGGUUCUCAACGAGAAGGAACAAGCAGGAGCAGAAUACACCGGCUUUCCAGAUAUCUUGAGAGGUGGAAGGAGAAUGCUGGGUUAGCAAAUGGUCUGGAUGGUCUUGGGUUUGGUUAAGAAAAGCUGAUCACUGGUCAAGAGAAUAGAUUUAUUAUUUUUUUUUUUUUUAAAUUUUAUUUUAUUUUAACACACCCACCCUGUCCUGGAUGUGCGGUUCCCAUGACACUGUUUCUCCAUGGGAGAGCGUUCCCGGGGUUGCGAGCAGACAUAACUUGUACCUCCCUGAUCCCAAGGGCCACUUCCCUCCCGGAGCGGCCGUCGGAUUUAGUACCAGUUCAUGAAAAAAAAAAAAAAAUGCUGCUUUGAACUCAGAGGGUUAAUAUACUUUUGAUUUGUAAUUUUUUGUAAAACUUUUUACAAGGUAGCAUAGUAUUUCACCAGACACCAACUACAAUCCGUCCAUGGUCUGAUUUUUAUAUAAUUUAGUGGUGCUUUAGAAACUUUUGUUCGGUUGUUUCGGAGCUGCACAGCUCAGUUCUUCGCCUGUAUCUACCUAAGACCAAUGUGAACCUUUGUAUUUUUGCUCCUAAUUUUGGACUCAGUGAAAGUGUACUGUUUACAUGUACAGAACUCCCGGCCCCCGUGUGUUCUGCCAGACCUGCUGUUGAAGAGGAAGCUGCCCCUCACCCAGUUCGUCUGUUUAACCCAGCCACAGCCUCACCCACCCACCGACACGCGCCCGCCCCGAGGGACACCCCACCAAACCUAGACACUCUUUAAGCAAUUUUGGGUUUUUGCACAAGCUGUUGUAUUUUUUUUCUUUCCCAAUAGUCGUAUGGAUUGGCUGCAAUUCCAAUCGGGAGCUGAUCCGGAGCUCUGAAGCGCCAGAUCCUGGCAGUGCUGCUGCCUCCCCAUCCUCCUCCUCCUCCCGCCUGGACGCUGCCCAGCUCCUCGCAGGGUCCAGCUGACACAGGGGAACAGGGGGAAAACACUCCUCAGCAGAAUUGGGAAUACUUUAGGGAAGGGGUGAGCUUGCCCAAGCCUGGACACUGGUUUGGGCUGGGGGGUGGGAGCGCGGUCCCGCGGGAGGCGGGGGGCUCCCAAUGAGGCAGAAGAGGCUCUUUGGGAAGCUGGUGCUUUCCCGAGGACUCAGAAAGCGUAUGGCACUUAAUCCAGCUUUUAAGGUGACACUUUAUUGCUUAAUCAAUUGAUUCCUUUGGAAAUGAUAUUUUUGCAGAUAGGCACCUAUGCAACUUCAUGUGGCUCUUAAGCAGAUGAGCACUUCCUCCUCAACGAGCUUGAUAAGAGUUAUUUGUGUUAUAUACUGUGGAUUUUUCCAGUAAAUGUGGCUUAAUAUUUUAAUUCUUAGAAUGUGUGUCUAUUAUAUAUGUGAUGCAACUUAAUUCUGUUCUGUUUGUGGAAUGAUUAGCACAGGCCAACUCCCUGUCCCCUCACUUAACAAAGACCAAUGAGCUGUUAAUCGAGCUGUUAUCUCCAUGGUAUUACUUGCUAAAUGCACUGAUUUCAUAAGUAUGUGGAAUCCUUUUUUUUUUUUUUUCUUUCGAAUCUGUAUAUCAUAUAUAAGACUGAAUCUACUUAAUAAACACUGUAUAACAAAAAGGGCUUUCUCCUCCACUGUCGAGCCCCGCUGGGUGCUGCUGGCCCCAGCCCCUGUGUGAGAGAGGUCAGUGCCAUCAGCCACCAGAGCAGGAUCUAAAUUUUGGGUGUUAAAAGAGAAAAAAAAAAACCAAACAACAAAAACUACAACCCCCCCCCCAUCUUUCAAUCCUGUUGACAUAAGCUGUGCUUUCCAUUCCGUAACAGACAGCGCGGGUACCAGAGAGAGCAGCGGUAGCACUCACGUGGGGGGCAAGGCACCAGUUUUAUGCUUAACUUAUAUUUUGACAAAAUUAAUUUUGUGAAGUGUCUGGUUUUUGUGAGAAAAAAAAAAAAAGAAAAAAAAAAAGGAGUUUUCAUUGAAGUUUGUGGAAAGUUCUCCCUCUCCCUCAUGGAAAAUACUGAUUUUUCGUUAUCAGCUUUAUUCACUAAGUAUAAUAAACCUUUGCAUCCAUAAA